AUGAUUUGUCAAAUUUGUCAUGGUGCAUCGGCCGAAUCGCAUUUCGGCGGCUUUUCCUGUAGGUUAGCGCAUCUCAAGCGAAAAAUGCCUCAAAAGUCUUUGUUUCAGAGCGUGCGCCGCGUUUUUCCGUCGAUUUGUGAACUCGCCGAAGCCGUUUUCGAUUUGUACGUGCCGAAACAAAAAAGUGAAUGCGCAUCCGUGCAGACACUGCCGAAUGAGAAGGUGUCUGGCCGCCGGAAUGGUCAAGUGCAGUGAGUUGGAAGAUGCCCCAUGUUUGGAGGCCCAUAUCUCGAGAACCGAUGAGUAUUUUGAAAAGUUGUCAACAGGAAAGAUGUGGCAAAUUUUGUGCUCAGUAACUUUGUAAUUGAUAAUUUUAUACCAAAGUGUUUAAUUUUUGAGUUAUGACCCUAUUUGUGAGCAUUACUUGUCGGUGUGAAGUUUUUCAGUGAGAACCGUGCGACUUGAGUCUUUAAUAAGAUUCAGAGUUGAAAUUGGAGAAAAAGUGAACUGAAACUUUUCAUAAUCUAUCUUUUUUUCCAGAAGUGGUCGAAAAAGGAACUCGAGACUUGAACAUAUCAAUUCGAAAACUGGAACCCGCACCCUCGCCGCCACUUUUAUCUUUUUUGAAUGUAAGAGAACCGUUUAAUAUUAUAAUUCUCGAAAAAAUCCUUCUCAAUGUCUGUACUGCCAUUAGUACCAGGCCGUUUUUGACAUUUACCCUAAAAAUUUAAAUCUAACGACACUUCUAUUCAAGUCGAUGUAUCUCAGCUACUAGUAGAGAUAUCAACGAGUGGUCAAGAGAUAAAAUGUGCAGAAGGUCUUGAUGAACAAUUUAUCUGUUGACAACUUUUUUAGAUCUCAACCGGCGACUGAGAUAUACUGUCUAGAAUAACCGGUAAUGAGGUAGUCUUCUGCUACAGAUGGUAUUUGUCCAAUUCGAUCAGAUUGUUUCAUAAGAGUAACGUUCAAGUUCAGUACCAAAUAGUGCCCCGUGAAAGUGCGAACAUCCAUCACACACUUGCCACGUGGAGCAGUCUGGAGCACUCGCGCAAUGAGCUCUACGGCGGCCGAUUCGACGAUCUCACUUUCUUCGAAAUGUCGUGUUUCUCACGGAGAGACAGUUUACUCAUUUGGGACUUUAUGCAGAGCAUAUUUCCCCAUUUGAAGCACUUGGAUAAAUUGGAAAAAGUGAGUACUUUCGAGUAAAGAAUAAAUGAACACCGUUUUCAGGAUUCAUUACGCUUCAAUUUUGCGCCGAAAUGGGGAACUCUGGAUCCGGCGAUCGAUUAUACGGUGAAUCAGGACCAUUGGCAGAACAUUGAGAAGGCUGGCGAAUGGAAAAAUAUUGUAUGGAACUAUUACGGUCGGAGCAUCCCUAAAGACAAAAGAAUGAGCAAGGAGGACGUGCUGAGGUCGGAGACAACUUUGCCUGGAAUCCGAUAAUAUUGAUUGAAUUUCAGAGUAUUCGGUCCAAUUUUCCACGGAUAUUAUGAGAAUGUGGCCAAGGAGAUCUAUCGAAGAAAACUGGACCGAGUCGAGUUUAUCGCCCUCUUUUUGCUGAUAUUCUUCGAUAGCGGUGGGUUGUAUUUUAAGAAUGGAAUAAUACAGUGCUGGCCAUUAAUAUAUGAAAAAAUGGUUUUUUGAGGAUAACUUUUUUUCUAGUUAUCCGGGGACCCUGAAACUUAUACGGUAUACAAAAAGUACCGUUAGGCAAAGUUGCGGACUUUCAAACUGCAUCAUCAUUUAUUUUUUUUUCAGAAAAUGUAUUUUUUUCAUUUUUUCGAUUUUUCGAUUUUUGAUGUUUUUUAUUUUUUUCGAUUUAUUUUUUUUUCUGUGAUAUCAUAUGACUCUAAAAUGAUUUGUAGACAUGGGAAAACCUCGUGGAAGACAAAAUGUGCCCGUAGAUGUUAAAAAAACGAUCAUCCGAGGUCGCCAGCAAGGCAUGAAGUUGAAAGAUCUUGCUCAGCAGUUUCAGCUCGGUAUUUCCACGGCUUUCAGCAUUUUGAAAAGGUUCAAGACGCAGGUAAGGUUUAAAGUGUUUGUCAAACCCAAUAAAAUAUUUAGAAUACCUGCAUCGGUCCAAAGACGCCAGGAAAACCUCGUGGAACCACCAAGGCCAUGGAUCGGAACAUCCUGAGAGCGUCGAGAGAGGAUCCCAGAAGGACUUCAACGGAAAUCCAGAUGGUUGUGAAUUCUCCCACGGAUCCAGCACCUUCUAGAAGAACAAUCAAAAGACUUUUAUAAGAUGCUGGGCUCCAUGGACGACGUCCAGUUCGCAAACCAGAAGAACCGGAAGGCUCGAGUUGCAUGGGCAAAAGCUCAUCUCACCUGGGGACCUCGCGAAUAGGAAAAACACAUCUGGUCCGAUGAAAGCAAGUUUAAUUUGUUUGGUAGUGAUGGAAAUUGCUGGAUUCGGCGUCCCGUUGGAACCAGAUAUCCUUCCAAGUACCAUCUUCUAACAGUCAAGCACGGAGGAGGAUCGUGUAUGGUAUGGGGAUGUUUCUCGGCCAACGCUAUGGGACCUCUGAGACGUAUCAACGGAAUAAACGUCUUCUGAUUGUUCUUCUAGAAGGUGCUGGAUCCGUGGGAGAAUUCACAACCAUCUGGAUUUCCGUUGAAGUCCUUCUGGGAUCCUCUCUCGACGCUCUCAGGAUGUUGCGAUCCAUAGCCUUGGUGGUUCCACGAGGUUUUCCUGGCGCCUUUGGACCGAUGCAGGUUUCCUAAAUGUUUUAUUGGGUUUGACAAACACUUUGAACCUUACCUGCGUCUUGAACCUUUUCAAAAUGCUGAAAGCCGUGGAAAUACCGAGCUGAAACUGCUGAGCAAGAUCUUUCAACUUCAUGCCUUGCUGGCGACCUCGGAUGAUCGUUUUUUUAACAUCUACGGGCACAUUUUGUCUUCCACGAGGUUUUCCCAUGUCUACAAAUCAUUUUAGAGUCAUAUGAUAUCACAGAAAAAAAAAUAAAUCGAAAAAAAUAAAAAACAUCAAAAAUCGAAAAAUCGAAAAAAUGAAAAAAAUACAUUUUCUGAAAAAAAAAUAAAUGAUGAUGCAGUUUGAAAGUCCGCAACUUUGCCUAACGGUACUUUUUGUAUACCGUAUAAGUUUCAGGGUCCCCGGAUAACUAGAAAAAAAGUUAUCCUCAAAAAACCAUUUUUUCAUAUAUUAAUGGCCAGCACUGUAGUUAUCGACAACUUUCAGGAUACACGAACAUAUCGUCGGAAUGUGCUGAAAUGUGUGAAGCGAUUCGGAAGAUGGUAUUACGCGAACUGAAAGGCUAUCAGAUGGAGUGUAAUCGCGAUGAGAUGCGCUUCUUCGAAACCAUCGAAGCACUGACGCUUAUCGAAAAGGCCGAAAAGAAGUUUAUCGAAGAAAUAAUGAUUUGUCAAUUGUAUAAUGUAAAGUUAGAUGAUGAUUUUUUGGAUAUGAUGACUGUACAAAAGUUGUGA